UAAAUCAACCGAAAAACGAAAAAAAGUAAAACGCAAUCAGGCAUCUUCUCCUGCCAUAACACAAUUUGUGCGACUUGAGCUCUACUUGCUUCUCGCACGUCCCCUAAUUCACAAGGAAGUGGGUUUUAGAGUUUUUAAACUUUAGGGUUUAAAGAGAGAGAGAGAUGUCGAAGACACUUGUUCAGCCCAUUGGGCAGAAGAGGCUCACCAAUGUUGCGGUUGUUCGCCUGAAGAAACAUGGCAUGCGAUUCGAGAUUGCUUGCUACAAGAACAAAGUUCUCUCAUGGCGUUCUGGAGUAGAGAAAGACUUGGAUGAAGUAUUGCAAUCACAAACUGUGUAUUCCAAUGUUUCGAAAGGAGUUCUUGCGAAGUCCAAGGAAUUGAUUAUGGCUUUUGGAAGUGAUGAUCAUUCCAAAAUAUGCUUGGAGAUUCUGGAGAAAGGGGAGCUGCAAGUUGCAGGAAAGGAAAGGGAAUCUCAAUUAUCGAGUCAGUUUCGAGAUAUUGCCACUAUUGUUAUGCAGAAAACAAUAAACCAGGAAACACAACGCCCCUACACAAUUAGUAUGAUUGAGAGGCUUAUGCAUGAAAUACAUUAUGCUGUGGACCCUCAUAAUAGUUCAAAGAAGCAGGCUUUAGAAGUUAUCCGGGAACUUCAGAAGCACUUUCCUAUAAAAAGGUCACCCAUGAGACUUCAAUUAACUGUCCCUGAGAAGAAUGCACCUCCUCUUAUCGAAAAGCUCAGUACAUGGAAUGCUCACAUUGUUUCAAGAGAAGAUUCAGGAAAUCAGCUCACCUUGGUUUGUGAAAUGGAUCCUGGUUUCUUCCGAGAUUGUGAUAGCUUAGUGAGAAAUUGCCAGGGACGAUUAGAAAUACUUGCUGUUUCAGUUCAUUUUGAGGGGGAUGCCCAUGUUGAUAAUUAUGAUGACCAAGAUAAGGCCACCCUGAGUUCCACAAAGGAGAGUGAUUCUCCUUCUUCACUGACUGAAAGAUUGCAGCAACAUGCCAUAUCUGAGAGGCCAGCCUCUAGAGAGAAGAGCGAAGAUCAGGUGAAGCAACAAAGGUGUGGUACUUGUAAUGCUUUCGUUGGAGAUUCAAAGCAGUACAGAGACCACUUCAAGAGUGAGUGGCACAAGCAUAAUCUCAGGCGCAAGACAAGGCAACUCCCCCCUCUAACUAAGGAGGAAUGUGAGACCGACGUGGAAGUAGGAGACCCCAAUUCAGAUCUAAAGGAUUACUCCUUUUAAUGUGACAAUUGACGCUUACAAAUAGCAAAGUGUUGAUGAAGAAAUGGGUAUUCAUAAUAUUUUUCCUGUAUAUUUAUGCAUGAGUGCAUGCAUUAUUUGGAAAAUGUUCACAUGCAUGUGCGUGUACACAUGCAUAUAUUUGUUUUGCAUGCAUGUGUAUUGAAGAGAAGUUGGCACAAGAGGUUUUGCUUGCAGUGCUAUAAGAUUGACUUAGAUAAU